GCGCUUCCGACGUACAUUACAGUGUUCAACAGGACCACAUCGCAGGAGCUACAGCUAGCCGCUGUAGCUAAUGAAGCAUAGUCUGGUACUGCUGUUGCAUAGUUUGGUGUAAAGUUGGGACAGCACCGCUGGAACUACACAUACUUAACGCGGCAGCAGCAGAUGCUGCGCACCAGAUCUUCGUCGCGACAAAUAACUUUUGCGAAGAAUGUAGGCGGCGUUUAAGAGGACCCAGUGCCAGUCCCCAGAAGAAAAAACACUAUUAUAUCCUCACCCACGCUAUUGAUUUAUUCAGCUGUACAGGAGAAAAAAUUGGACAAUAAGAUGACGUUUUUCACACGACUCCUCGGUCGGUUUCUCCCGACCUGGUUGCUCGGCAUGAACGGCAAAACCGUCACAAACCUCGACCGCUUUCUCUCCUACCUGGGGCUGGUGUACUUCUGGGCGUUCGCGGGGUACUAUUUACAGGUCCGGGCGCUCUACGGCUUAAAUGGUCUCAUGCCGGUGGCGGACAUGAAAAAAGCAGGCGGCGGCGCACAGUCGCCCUAUGCGCCCUUGCCCUACCUGAGCAGCGCACUGUACGCUAUUUUUGGCGCAGGAACAAGUACAUCGAGCACAAGCACCGAUCACACCGUGCUGGAGGCGGUCAGUCUGUUGGGUAUGGUGCUAUCGCUGCUGCUGUGGCUCUUUCCGAGAACUUGGCUCCUGCGCUGCGGAACCACGUUUGCCUGUUGGCAGUGCUAUCUCGCGCUGUACUCUGUAGGUAUAGAUGUUGGUGAAGAAUUUUUGUGUCUAUAGAGAGUCAAUCUGUAUCGCGUUGCUGACCUACAACUACUUGCUUCCUUGAAGCUUUCCCUACAUACUCACAAGGACGAGACACGACGAGACGCAGAGCUGCUGUACAGGACUGUCAUCAUCAAAAACUAACCAUGAAUUUCCUAUCAGGUCAGACGUUUCUCUCCUUCCAGUGGGACAUUCUGUUGCUCGAAGUGGGUUUCUUGGCCAACCUGUACAAUAUCCUGAGUAAAAACGUACCCACGCCAGAGUUGUAAUGCAGAUUUGCAAAGACAGGAAGACUUGCAACGCGCAUCCCCAUGAGAGCCAUUUCCAAUCGUGUUUUGGAAUUUGUGAUGCUGUGAACAGGAUGAGCAGAUGAAUCUGUGAUGCGGCUGCACUUGCUAACCUGCACUACACUGCAUAGUGCAACUUGUCAUGCGUGACUUACAAAACUCCUAGGUUUGUGUUGCAAAAUCCCCAUCCUGACUCUGGUGUGGGUACGUUUUUACUCAGGAUAUACAACUUGUCCUCUUCGGUCUAUUUCCACAACUGCGUCGAUUGGCUCCUCCGCGCGCUUUUCGUGAAGCUAAUGUUCAUGACCGGCGUAGUGAAGCAGUCUUCCAACUGCCAAACCUGGAAGGAUCUGACCGCCCUGGAGUACCACUACGUGUCCCAGUGCCUGCCCACGGAGAUGGCCUGGUUUGCGCACCAGGUCCACCCCUUUGUGAACCGACUGGGCGUCGCGUUCAUGUUCUCCAUCCAGCUGGCGCCGGGGAUCCUCCUGAUUUACGUGCCCUACCUGCGGGACUACGUCGCCAUGCUCCACGCGGUAUUGCAGAUCGGGAUCUUCCUCACGGGGAACUACAACUGGUUUAACGUGUUAAGCGCAAUUCUCCUCUGGCCCUGCCUCGGCAGCGGAUCGACCGCAUCUUCGGGGAGUGACUUGACUGGAGACGCGUCCAGUGGAAUUGCAUCACUCACAAGUUACGGCGGCGGGAGCAAAAGUAGUGGGAGCACAGGUGUUGGUCGUGACAAAGGCGCGAUAGAAAUGACGACUAAUUAUAAAUCGACUAGCAAGAGCAAAGCAGGAGCGGGUGCGGAGAAGAGUAAAGCGGCCAUGAAAGCGAGUCGGUUGGCGACGCCGACGAAAUCUUCGUCGAGAAAAAUCGACUUACUUGAUGAAGCGGCUUUGGACCUCGACACUGGUUCUUCGAUAAGUGGGAAUGAAGUACAAAAAAACGCAACAACACCAGCAAAUAAAUCGAAGGACAUCAAAAACUCGUCCGCCAUGAGCAGUCAUCUGAAGCUGAAAAAAUCCUCCUCUUUGUCGUGUUUCCAGAAAACGAGGAAGCAAGUUUUCCUCCUGUUCGCGUGCCAACUGCCGCUCCUCGUGCUGAUCUCGCUGUUCCUCAUCCUCCAGGGCACGGACUUCGGUGUUACAGAGGAUUUAUCUGACUUCGUGGCAGCGAAGAUGGUGCAGCUUCCCGGCGAGGGGAAAAUCCAGCAGUUGUUGCCGACCAGCUUUGGUGCUGGUGUUGCUCUUGUGCAAAGCCUCUUCAGCGCGGAAACGCUUGCGGUUGUGCUCGCGCGGUUCGAACUGAUGAAGGAUGCCGUUCUUUCCUCGGCUGCUGUCGUUUUCAGCGGUGAAUAUGAAGAACACCCAGGCACUUAUUUGUUCGCUUUCGGUCGUGCGUUGGAAGGCUUAGAUUUUUGGAAAAUUUUCCACGGCGAUUUUUUCACUAUCAAGUCCACCAUUACCGACGGCGGCGUCCGGCAGUACCUGCACUGGUACACGCAGUACGGGUUGGUCGCGGUGCAAAUCGCGUUCUUCAUUUCCGCCCUCCGGUACCUCUUCGCGGUUACCGCGGACCAUGACGUCACGUGCUUCGACCUGUGGAGCGGAAAAGGGCACAGCGCCCGAAAGAAAUCCAAAGAACCCCCGAGCCUUGCGAUCGAGGACGGCACGCCGCACUCGUCCGCGGUUGGAAUGCUUACUACUUCGAACUCAUCGUACAAGAGCCACUUCAGCACCGCUCCGGACGGCUCGCCUAGCUCGACGUGGACGUCCAUGCAGCGACAGAACCAGGGCGGGGCCGCUUCGCCGCCGACGAUUCUGUCGAAGACGAAGCGGAUUUUCCUCUUUCUCCCCAUCGCACUGGUCCGCCUAGCGGCUGCCUUCGUCGCGCUCAACCUCGGCAUGAUCCCCUGGGCGCACCUGGGCCCGACCAAUUUUUUGCUGCAGAAGGAAGUCAUGACGCACGUGUACUCCGAGCUCUUCAAGCACGACCAGUACUCAAGUUUAUCUAACAGCUACGGCCUGUUCCGCCGCAUGACCGGCGUCGGCAGUCACGACCGAUCGGCGAAGAAGGUGCCGAAGGUGAGCGGUUUGCUGGGAAUGGUGACGGCAGGAGAUGAUUCGAAUUCUACGAAGAUGAACAGUACGAGUGUAGAACUUUCCGUCGCACCAGCGAAAAAUCCACCCACAGAGGAGGCGUUUUCUCUCCAAUCCGGGUACGCGGGGCUGAGUUACACCCCGGUGCCGAAGGUCCCGGUGCUGAUUUUCGAGGCGCAGCUGAAAUCUACGGGGCGAAAAACAAAAACAUCAGCGGAUAUUACGACGAGCAGGGAGAAGUGGCACGAGAUUCCCUUUCGGUACGCACCCACUUUUUUGAAUAAAAUGCCGGUGCGCACGGCGCCCUACCAGCCGCGGUUCGACUGGCAGCUCUGGUUUGCCGCGCUGGCGGACCAGUAUGCCGGGCAGUCGUGGCUUGUGAGGAUGCUGUGGCUGCUGAUCACGGAGAAGGUGCAGCCUGCCGCUGGAACGACAGGGGUGGCGGGUUCUGGUGAAGAAGGAUCAGAAACUUCUGCACCCCCGCUCUACUCGCCGACCACGGACGUGCGCGAACUCCUCGAGCUGGAUACGAGCACGGAUGUGGACUGGCGCACGGCGGAAAUCAAAGCGGUUCGCGUGCAGCGGUACUUCUACGACUUUUCGCGCUACGAAAACCCGCCCUGGCACCCGAAGCAGCAGGGGAGCGGGAAAACGGGGAAAGGUCCUCGUGUGAAAAACAAUAGCGACGGAGGAGAACUAAAGUCUUCCAUCAACCCUACUUCUCAGUGGUGGACCCGCGAGUACGCCGGAAAAUGGCUGGACACCGUGGACGCGACGACGCUGGCACCGCUGGCCAAGUCGCAAAAGUGGAAGUUGGCUGAGGACGCGGAUACGAAGAGGAAGAAGAAAAAGCCGCUCCAGGGUCUGGAAAAUUUUCUCUCGACCGUGCGGGAGUUCCUCGUGCAGAAACCCAAACAAAUGCUCAAGGGCUUCGUCCUGAAAGGCGGGGGAAAGGAGGGUAAGCAGGGUGCGGGGGCCGACAGUGAAGAUGGAUCACUCAGCAAUAUUGUCGACAGCGCCCGAGCGGUGCUGGCAAAGGUGGACGAGAAUUUCCUCUUUCUAACCGUCCCGCCAGUGCUGCUGGCGAUUCUGGUCGGGUGAAUGUGAAGGAGUCCGCAUCAAGGUAGAUUUUUGGGGAGCUGCGGUUUUUGCACGAUAAGUAGGGGAAGUAGAAUUAUCAAUCUGAUCCGAGACAAUAUUUUUUCAUACUAUCAGCCAGCACUGGAUGUGCGCAACGUUAAGACCGAUCACUGUGCCGCGACAAAGUGCGCGAUUUUUCUAAACCGCAAGAACGUUAUCGUCAGUCGAUGUCGCAUUUUACAAUAAUGAGGCUCUUGUAAAGCAGUAGCAGAUUCGCACCGGCGUCCUCUGUGUUUCGUUUAUGCUUGUUUGCCGAUACGCGCCCAGAAGAGAUGAGGAAUGGACGAUGGAUUUUUUCGUCGUGCUGGUUUCUUCUCGUGUUUCGACUC